CCAAAGCAUCACCCCCACUGGUAUACAAACCGAACUAGGAUGAGUAACCACAACAAAAUCUCAAUCUUGUCAAUUUCUCUCCUCCUCCUCUCCUCCACAAUCUCGGCCGAGAAAUGCCAUCCGGACGAUAAGAAAACCCUCUUCAAAAUCAAACAAGCCUUCCACAAUGCCUAUCUGUUUGCCUCAUGGACUCACGACACAGAUUGCUGUGAGUGGUACUUGGUCAAAUGUGAUGAAGUUACCAAUCGCAUUAUCUCCCUUUCGGUAAGAGACGACGAUGAGGUUGCAGGCUCAAUCCCUAACACCGUUGGUGAUCUCCCAUACCUAGAGUACCUCGGCUUUACUAACUUACCUAAGCUAACCGGUUCAAUCCCUCAAUCCAUUUCCAAGCUUAAAAACCUUAAAUCCCUAUGGAUUAGCCACACCAACCUCACCGGUUCAAUCCCGGAUUUUGUAGGAAGACUAAAAACCUUAACCUACAUUAAUCUCUCUGUAAACAAACUCACCGGUCCAAUCCCGCCUUCUCUAUCCUCACUCCACAAACUCAGCGCCCUCUUUUUGGAGAAUAACCAACUCAAAGGAACCAUCCCCAACAGUUUUGGAGGGUUUAAGAAUAACCCGGAUUUCUACCUUAAGUUAGCAAAGAACCAACUUUCAGGACCGCUCCCAAAAUAUCUUGGAGCGGUUCACUUUUCUGUUUUGGAUCUAUCGCGAAACAUGUUUACCGGCGAUGCUUCCAUCUUGUUCGGGGUGAACAAGGGGUUGCAAACUCUCGACAUUUCUAGGAACAAAUUUUCGUUUGACCUCACAAAAGUUGGGUUGCCAAACAACUUAAAUAGUCUUGAAUUGAGCCAUAAUAUGAUAUACGGGAGUAUACCACCUACAAUUGCGAAAGUGUCAUACUUGCAACAGUUUAAUGUGAGUUACAACCGAUUGUGCGGUAAAAUUCCUACUGGAGGAGACUUGAAACGGUUCGAUAAGUACACUUAUGCUCAUAACAAGUGUUUGUGUGGCUCUCCUUUGCCUCUUUGCAAGUAAAAUCAUCAAUAAUUCUAUCAUGUUCCGAUUUUAGAAUGUUCAAAUUGUCAAUGCAAAAGGACAUUGCUUACUA